AUGGCUCGCACAUGGAUCACGUUGUCGAUGCUAUCGAUGCAAUUUCACUGUCCUGAGAGUCAGAUGGCAUGCCAGGGUGAUUGUCAUGAUGUUCAGGGCAUGGUCCAGUUAAAGCUGCAUCCAGCUCCGUCAGCUACCAACACAGCUGCCACAAACGCGCCAACUUCACUGAAGCCCACAGAAUCCUCUAUAACUCCUGUAAGGGGACCACAGGAGACUGACAAACCGCAUAACUUCUUAAACAUCACUCCGACCAACGAGACACGAGCUCGGCGCAAAAACACGUCGACCUCCCCCGAGGCCGAUACGGCAACUGCCCCGCCAACUGAAGCGGCAACAGCUCUUCAGGUGAGCAUCACCACCUUCCAUUGGGAACCGCAUUGGCAAUGUGCCGAGGCAGAUUCUGCUUGCACAGUUGCAGCCCUCACAAGAUUCAAAGAAUUAGUGGCGGAGUCAGGGGCAGAUAUUGUGGGAGCUUUGGAGCUGAAAGGAGCAUCAACAUCUCUGUCUGGUUGGUCUUCCUCACACGAGUACGAAGAUGAUGUUUCAGUCAUGGUUGCACCUGGAUGGGAGGUGUUGAAAGAGGGCGGUGGCAACAUUUGCUGCGAUGGUCAGCGGGGCUUAGCUGUCUUGCUCGUCAAGCCGCCAAAUCCAGUGUCCAACUGCGAAACUCUCUGCGUGAUGGCAGUGCACCCUGGUCAUCAGCCGAUCGAGAGUGGUCAGUCCAUUGUCGAAAGUGUGUGCGGUGAUUCAAGGGUCUCUUGCGCCAUUGCAGUUGGAGACUGGAACGUGGACGCUGCCGGUGUAAGAGGUGGAUCUUUUGAUAGUUGGCACCGGCUCGUCGGGGGCAACCCACCAUCAUUUGUGGUUCCAGACUCGGAAACAUGCUGCUACCCCAGCACAUGCUGCAAGUUCGACCAUGCGGUCACCAACAUCGUUGAGGCAGCAGUCGUGAAAUUUCAAGUCUGGGGUUAUCAGUUAACAGACGAGUUCAGCAUGCAAGAGGAGCACAUGCCUGUCUCCGUGCGCUUCACCGUGCCCGCGGACGCUGCACUGACCAGUUAG